CCCACUCAAAACAUUAAUGGCGACUGCAAGCAAUAUGGCAACCGAACAAACAGCAUUAACGGAAGAUUCCAAGGACGAUUCGGACGACGAAGAUAAAAACAACGUCGAUCUAGGAGUUGCUGGGUUACCUCAAGUUAACUUUUCGGAGUCAAAGAACGAAUUUGAGACUAUAAACUUGGAUGGCGAUGGCGACGAUGAGGAAGAAGCGGACCCAUCGGAUCGCGAUCUUUCGGACGACAAACGCAAGAAAAAAUAUCGUAAAAAGAAAAAACGAAGUCAGCCAUUAGAGGAUUCAUCUGAAAGCAGUUCAGAUGACGAUCGAAAGACCUGUAGAAAGAAAAAAGAGCCAGAAGUCAAUCCGGUAAACAAAAACUUAAAUCUUACCUAUUUACAAAUAAGUUAUUCAAAUUCCGAUCCAACGUCAAUUGAGCUUAAUUUUAAUUUCAAGUAUGUGGUUCGAGUGACAAGUGCUUGAUCUUAUUAAUUUCAAGCCUUUUUAGACGUCCAUUGUAACUGAAAAAACUUAUUUCAUGAGUUUUUGACACUUUGAUCCGUCCUAAAGGUUAAAUAAACAAGCUGGAAAGACUUUUUCGGAUAGUAAAGUGCUCAUGCUGAAAACUAUGGCCAAUAUGAGUUGUAGGCUUUGUAUAUUACCUGCCUGCAAAUUUGAUAAGGAUUUACGGUGGAUAUGGAAUCUGUUUUCUCGAAACAAUUUGUAAAACUUGCCUAGUGUAUCAAAAUGACACAUUAAACUGUGAAACUGCAAGAACAAGCUGAGAUCUCCCAAACCCAAGUGACACACAUAUGAUGACUUUUAUGACCGUCACAUCAGUACUUAGCAAGCAAGCGACUGUCAGGAUGUUUUGUUAACAAUUCAAUACUGUCUUAUACUGCAUAUGUGGUAUAUUCCUUUACCAGUGAAAGAGAUCCAAAGAAUUUUAGUGAUGUUAAAUUGCAGUUGUAGUUUAAUUUACUUUAUGAGUCAUUGUUCCUCUUACUGGUUGUCAGAGAAGAAAAUCAUUCAAUUUGACAACCAGUAAUGCUCAAAUUAAUAUAGUGUUUUAAAAGUGCAUACAAUAUUGUCUGUUUUUAUUUUUUAUAUUUUCUCAGUCUGAUCUCACCUGGACCCUCUGGUUGUGGUAUUAUGUAGUUGCUUUAUCAACUGGAGCACUGAAAGGUAUUGUUAAUUUUUAAACUUACUUUGUGUAUAAUUCAUGUUUUGACUUUUUAUUUAUGUACCCAAAGAUCCAGGACAGUUGGGUCUAGAUUGAAGCAUUUCCCAGCUCUCUCAUAUAUUUAGCAGCUAGUGAAAAUAUAUGGGAUGGGAGACAAUUCUUGAAGUGUCCUACAUCUCUGUUGCUAUAACUGACUGUGCUCCUUCAUACAUUGGAAUACAUUUUGUUUGACCGUUAUGUGCUUCUAAAUUUGAGUUUUUUUUGUAAAAGAAAAAACUUUUAUUAUUCACUAUCAUCAUUCUCUUGUACUCUUCAAUUUCAUGCGAUAAGUAUGCUAUUGGAGGAAAUCAUGUCAUUUAAUUCCUGGGUGCAGUGAUGACAGAACCACUAAAAGGGGUUUUUGUGAAUCAAGCUUUGCAAGACAACAUGUUGUACAUGUUGUGGCUCAAUUUUAUCCUUGGAUUAGAUUUCAUUUCCCUUUGUUGUUUGUUAUCUCUUGAUAGUACAGUAAAAACACUGCAGGCCAUCAAAUUCCCCGAGGCACCCAAUCCUCCCCACCAAGGGCUUGAGAUUGAUAACUGCAUUAAGGCCAAUUUGGACGGUACGAUUUUUGCUUACAACUGUUAUACACGACCAGCAUUCGUCAUGACUUCAUGACAGAUCGUGUCAUGUAAUUUAGACCCACAACAUUCAUACGACACAUUGUGCUUGGAUGUUGUAAGUAAAAAUUCUGCGUUUGUGGAUGGUCAAAAGUCGUGGCAUGUGCUACUCGCACAUGAUAGUCAUAAGCAAAUAUCGUACCGUCAAACUUGACUUUAAAAAGCAAUGCCAUGCAUGCCAAAAAGUGCUUGAAACUUUGUUUUAGUGGCAGAGUACCUGGGAGAGAAGCUAGCAGCAUUUUUUGGUAUUACAACUCCAAAAUAUCAAUAUGUAAUAGAUGAAUAUUACAGACUUAAACAACAGGUGAGUGCUACUUCUUUAAAAAAUCCUAAAAUUCUGCCCUUUAGCUUGAAGUGGUGACCCACCAAUGAAAUAGAAGAGAACUUAUGAGCACGUACUCUCCUGUGAUUCUUUUUAAUGCUAUUCAAGGUUGUUCCUUUGUUUGAGUCACACCUUGUAGAUUAAACCUGACAGGGUGACCAGUCACAUCAAAGUGAAUGCCACCAUUGAAGCAGUACAUGUUGAAUUACUAUUAAUUUAUAAAGUUACGUUCAGGUGGUUUUAAAUUCGGAGUCUGAGGGUAAAUCUUAACUGUGGCUAUUCAGCUCAUGGUUUUUUCUCUUUGUGGUAAUCUUUUUUUUUUCAAUUAAAAAUUCAGCAUGAAACCCAAGUCUGUGAACAACUGCAACACUUUUCAAUUAUUAAAAAUUAGUUUACUCACAUUAGAUGGAAAAUAAUUUUGAUAUUUAAGACUUGGAAACUUACCCUUGGUUUCAAAAAGAACGGACAAAAAGCAUCCUGUAGUUCUAACAUAAGAUGUGUGGUUUUCAGGAAAAAGAAGAAGAAGAAGCAGAGAAAAGAGAAAGGGAAUAUGUAGAGCGAAUGGCGGCUGAGAGGCUAGCUUCACUUGAAGGAGGCGAUAACUUAAAUCUCCACAUUGAUCAGGAGUUAAUGAAUGGCAAAGUACCAGAUCCAAGUGCAUCUGAAAAACCUUGAACUUUUGAGAAAAAUCCUUUGCGAGCUCUAGUGUAAUAAUGGUAAAGACAGGGUUGUCACUAAGAUUUCGAGUUGCCGGGUAAAUACAACGAGUAGGUGGCGAAUAAAAUAGCUAGGGGUUUCCUCUUGGUUCUAUUUUUCUUCUAUUUUCCUUUUAAAGUAGCUAGGGGUCACAUUCAUAGUAGCCAGGGGAAAUCCCCAGCCCCAGGGUCUUAAUGACAGCCCUGAAAGGCCAACUUAGAUUGAAGGAAUAGAACUUUACUACAGUAUUAUUGGUCAUAGACAUUUCAGUGCUGGACAAAAAUUUUCUAGCUGUACAUAGAGGCAAGCUGGACAACUUCAUUCCUUUAAACAAGCUUGUACAGGGUAGUGAAUAUCAACAAUAUUUAUGCACAGUCAAAGUUUUAGCGUUUUCUUUCCUAGUUUAAUUUUGGAAUUUAUCAGAAGUAAUUUUUAGAUUGGCUUUUGUAAGGUGCUCAAAUGACUUUCUCAUUUCAGAGCCAAAACUGGCUAUGUAAAGCAAAUUUAUAGUAGCCAAAGUUGAUUUGUUUACUUCUGUUAGUCUUUUUUAAUAGGAGCCUUGUUUACAUAAUUUAAAUUCAGUUUACGCUUGAAUUCUGAAAUUGAACUUGUUAUUAUGUGAGGGUCGAGAAGCAAUAUUCAAAAACAGGUUUUUUUUUAGAGGUGCCCAGGCACCUCAAAGUCAAAUAGAAAAAGUUGUUAACGCGGCGUUAUGGUCCCAGUUGUUCACAAGGUGGGUAAGUUUCUUUAUUAUAUAAACACCAAAUGAAAUACCAAGUGAACUUUCACGCGAAAAGUUAAUAUCUUCACAUGUGAAAAUAUCACGGUUGCUAUGGCUUCAUAAUAAACCGCACCUUUCAGACCAAAAAACUAUUUAAAUAAAAUGGUUUGGUAUUUCAUUGGUGUUUAUAUAAUAAAAUAAUAGAACAUAACAUCGUCGCUUGGAGAUACCAAAGUUCUCUUCGAGUGUUGAAAAAAAUAUUUCACUUGUUUGCUGCGCUCACUCGUGAAAUAUUUUUCAACACUCAAAGAGAAAUUUCGUAUCCCUGCGUGGCCAUGUAAUAUCGUCUGUAUCCAGUGAAUAGCGCAAUAAAUUUAUUAUUGGUGUCCCUAACACUUAUUCACUGGAUAGUGAGCGAUUUAUCCAGCGGAUAGCAUUAUCCAAUGUGUGCACAACUGUGACAUGAGUACCUGUUUUAAAAAGAAAUAUCAUUGCCAUUUUUGAUGUUUUUCAUAAUAUGGUAGUUCAAUAGAUUAAUCAGAACACUGAAAAUAUUGUGAAGAAAGAAAGCUGGUCUGCACAUGUAAAAACGUGAGUAAAUUUACACCCUUAAGUUAAGUUUCUAUUUCCUUAAAGGUAACAUAAGUUUAAUAUAAUAAUACCAAAGGUGACAUCACUUCCAGUUUGGCAUGUGAUGAAUGUAACGCAAAUAUUAGGCUAUUAAGUUUUGUCAGACUAUAUAUCGUGGUUUGAGCCAUUUGUGUUGAAUGUCUUGCAGAAUAAAUUAUUUUAACGAUACUUUUUGUAAGAUUAGUUUUAUGGUCACAAUAACAACAACACGAUUGGCCAGAUUCACAAAGAAUUGAAAGUUAGGAUAGUCUUAGGUAUAAUCUCAUAAUAAGUUUAAAAAACUGUACCAAUACAUUUUAAUCUUACCCACAGUUCUGGAGAAAAUGUUUAUUUCUUUAGCUGGAAUUUAGCAUGUU